GGGGAGUUGAACUAUCAACUUGCUAUUUCAAAAAACAGCCAUUAGUAUUUUUCGUGGUUUUGUAUAUCGUUUCAUCUUAAAGUGCUUACAUUUACAAAUAUCAGAGUGAUGGAUGCACCGGAUAUAUGUUGAAAUCUAUGCUCUGCAUUAUAGAAUACAUAAAUGUGACCGGAGGAAUGUACGUAACUUUUCGGCCAUUAACUUUGGUGUUAAAGAGGACAGAGUGGAUUGUGUUGCGCUUUCUAAUUCGAUAAUUAUGAUCACACCUAAUGAACUUCAACACAGUCUAAAUGUGAAUGCAUUCCAAUCUGCCUCGAAAAAUUUAUAUCAUCCCCCUGCAAAAAUGGCUGCUAUUGCUGCCUCUCAAUCUCAUUGUACCAGACCAUCUUCUGUACCUGGUUGUUUUGAACGUCGAGAAGGUUUCAGUGUUUCAACAGAGAAUCAGUUAUCUCCCGUAAACUCUGAUAAUCUAUCGCUGUAUUCUAAAAUCAGUCCAAUCUAUCAGUUGUCUUUAUCACCAACUACCAAUACGUGCAAUGAAGAGCAUAUUUCACCUGGUUUAAGAGGUUCAGCACUCAAUAAUGAAAUUUCUCAAAAGGAUUAUGUUCCUACUAAUUCACCUCAAUCCACUCUUGUUAUUCAAUACUCAAGCGGAGAGGAUUGUAUGCCUUCUCCAUUUCACCAUUCGAAUUCCCCUCAUUUGCGUAAUCCAUCAUUUAGCGAUUCUUCUCCUAUUUCAAUUGAACACAACAAAAAACAUAAUGCAGUUGAUCAGAGCAAUAAUAACAGUAAUACUACUAGUAAUAAUAACGAAAGUGAAUUAUUACCGUUUGAUUUGCCCAAAUUGUGUACAAAAUCUGAUGGAGGCUUUGCCUUGAGUUUGCCCACAGAUGUUAUUCUGCCAGAGGAUAAUGAAGAACAAAGUGCUUGGAAUUAUCACCAACGAUUGAUGGAUGUUAUUAUAACUGUGGUUAAUCGAAGUGGACAAAUAUUAUAUUAUGACAAAAACCUUCCAAAUCAACACAGUUUUUGCCUAGAUAACAAUGACAAAUGCGAUGAUAAUGAUUAUGCUAAUUUACAAACUGGUGACAGUUGGACUAGUAGAAUUCAAGAUGAUGAUUUAGCAAUCUGGGAGAAGCAUACCUCUAAAAUAUUUAAUGAAGCAUCUCGUUGGUUUCAUGCUCAAAAUAAUUUACUUGAACAAAGUGUACUGUCAAUUAACAGUGAUGAUGAAACAGUUGGGAAUCAACAACAUAAAAAAUUUAUAUCAUCUAAUUCUAGUAGUUUAAUUUCCUCUGAAAACUCUUCCAAUCGUCAUUUAUUUGAUUGUCCUAUAUAUCGUGUAAAAUUGGGUCGAAAAUGGUUUUAUGUUCACACGUUUAGUUUACCUAUUAAUCGUUGUACUAAUUCAAGCCUGUUGCAAUCAGAUAUAUUAUUAUGUGAACCAAUGGUAGUGCAUUAUCAUAAUCUUCUUCGUGAAUGUGAUCAAAGUGUAGAAUCCACUGGUUCAAAUGCAUCAAUAUGUCUUAAGAAGUCUAUUUCACAAUCCACUUUGUCUAUGGAUUUGACUGAAACAAAAUUCUCUAGUUCAUUUAAAAAUACUGUUGUUCCUUGUUCAUCUGUUUGUGAAAACCCAAUAUCAUCACACUUAAUCAUGUCGACUGUAAAUGAUCAUUGCCGAAUCGAUGAACCGUCCAACGUUAGUAGUAAAAAUCCUUCUCUUUCCACUGGUACUUGUCUUUCAUAUAUCAGUUCACCUGAUCCAUCUGUUACUAGUGGGCAGACAUUGGUUUUUAACUCGACUUCGCCACCAUCAUCGUCCCUUGUAUUACCUCAUCAUCAUCACGUUCACCUUACACAUUGUCAUCAUCAUCAUCAUCCUAAUGAAAUUCACGAUGCCACAGCAAUAACAUCAACUACCAACAAUCAUCGUCAUCAUCAUCACCAUUAUGUCCGUCAUCAUCAUACGCCAAAUACUUCUCAUGAUUCACCUCAGCCUGUAAUAGUUUCUCAUAUUCCUCAUCAAAAUUCUAUCGGAGAGAAAUCUACUUGGUCUUCUGAUACCUCACAUAGACUUAAUCAAAGAAAGAUCAAUAUAGAUAAUGUUGGUUGUGGCUUAAGUGUGCAUCAUAAAGAUUCGGCAAAUUACAAUUCAUUAACUUGUCAGACGAUUACAAAUCAUGAUUAUCAAUCUCACCUAGAUCCAUCGCACCACCAUCAUCAUCACCACCACCACCAUCAUCAUCAUCCCCUUAUCCAUACUGGGAAAAAUCUACAUAAUAAUGACUAUCAUACUUAUUGUCAUCAAAAUGAUAAAUCAACAAUAACUGAGUUUGUACCUACAUCGUCGUCAUCUUCUGCUAUAAAAUCUGAUAACAUAUCUAAAUCACCGAUUCUUGUUGUUCGAAAGUCAAGUUCACAAUCUCAUUCAGAGCACUCCUCAACUGCAGAGAACAAUACAAUGCAAUAUGGAAAUACGAAUGUGAUUGGAACAUACUGUGACAAUAACUCAUUACUAUCGGAUAUAAGUGGUGACUCGGUGUAUGAACAUUUUGAUACAGAAUUUAUACCUUCCAGUUGUAAUGAAGAAUUUCAUAGUCGCUCAAAUACUUAUCAUUACAAUAGUAAUAGUAAUCACAACAGUAACUCUGCUGUUGUCUAUUCAACUGGAAAUACCAGCCCAUCUCUGAGUGGUUUAUCGUUCACUAAUAUCCGAUUACCACAAAAUAAUGAAAUUAACUCUGCUACAGAGAAUGCUAAUGAUGGAAGUUCUUUCACUGAAUGUCUUCAUAAUGUACCAAAAAAUAAUACUACCAAUCGUCAACUAAUACAUGAAAAUCAUCAAAAUGAUAGUUGUAGUAUACAACAUAGAUCACUGAAUAAAAAUCAAUACGAUAGACGAAUUUUAAUGCUACAACAUCUUUUACCACCCCAAGCAAUACAAGAAAUUCGUCAAAUAUGGCAGGAAAUGAAUAGACUUAUUAAAUGUGAUUCAGGAAUGUCUCUGAAAUCGUCAGUUUCCACAAUACCAGUUACCACUACUACUACUACUACUGCUGCUGCUAUUCCGAAUUCUUCAUCGCAUAAUGUGUCAAAUGCUGUACGUGAAAAUUUUGCUCGUAGAGUUCGACAAGUUGUUAGACAAUAUCUUGGACCUAAAGCAUUUAUCACAGAUAAUUUACCUGAACCUAGGUCAGAAAUAGAUUCAUGUUUUAAAACAGAUGAUGUUGUAAUGCUUCAAUCGAAUAAUAAUCAACAGUUGGGAUUAUCAACGUUAGACUAUGAUGAAAAUGAAAAAAAUGCAGCUUCCAAUUCUGUCAUCAACAUCAUUGAAGGAACGAAUGUUUCUUUCACUAGUCCUUUUGUUUUGUCAACAAUACCAUCUACUAAGUCACUAUGCUCCAGUGUCGGUAGCAGUGAUACAACAUCGUCUACCAUUGAAAUGUUUUCAUCUGAAAUAACAAACAAACUGUUUCGCAAUGAGACCGAUAUUGUAGAAAGUAAUUCAAGUGUAUUAUGUCCUAAUGUUACUGCGGCUUGUGUAACUUCAUCUAAAAUGAGUGAUGCAGGGAAUACGGUUCAAGAAAUAUCUUCAUCUUGUAAUGAAACUAUGAGUAAUUCACCAUUGUCAUCAUGCAUAAAACAGACAGAUGAACGGAUUGUUUCACAAUCACUUAAUAAUAACAACAACAACAUUAAUAAUAGUCUUUCUAGUGAAAAUCCACACACAUCAUCUACUGGUAAUUUACCGCGAGUAUCAACUAAUUCACAGUGUUGUAUGCUUGAAUGGUUAUUGUCUGAAGAAGCUGAUCUUUGCAUAUUACCACCAUCAUUAUGUCAGUCCAAAGUUGGAGAUAAGCCACAGCAACAGUCAAUUUCUGGAAUAUCACCACCACCAUCAUCGUUGCACAGCCAGGUGAUUUCACCAAGAGCAUCAUCUUGUAUGGCAUCUUCCAGUCAAACGCACAGUUUUCAGUAUGGUUCACCUGUUUUGACAGAAGUUACUUAUAGCCCAAUAUCCAUGUCACAACAAAAAAUUAAUUCCGAACUACAAAUCAAUAAUCGUUCAUUAUCUUCCAGUAAUAGUGGUUCACUGAUUACGACAACGACUACUGUUGCUGUCGGUACUGUUACUUCGUCGGCGAAUUUAUCAUAUAUCGAAAUUCGAUCUUCUCCGCAACCACGAACUGAGAGUUUAUUAGUUCGUUUACUGCAUCCAGCAAAAAAUCAUUCUGUUGGGCAUCAUACCGAUAUAAAUACUUAUGAUGGAGGAAAUUUACUGAAGUUAUCCUCUCCAACAUUACCACGUUCUGUAGCUGUGACCUCUCAAUUUAUUCCAGAUACAAUUGAUUUAAACACUUCUAACAUAAUUACAAAUACUAUUGGAUCUGAUAAUAAUAAUAAUAUACAACGACAACUGAAUAAUCGAAAAUCAGAAUGUCGAUUAAUCGCUGUUUCUCUAGAUAAUCUAUACAACAAUCAACCAACGACAAAUACUAGUAAAAGAUGUCGUAGUGGUCCUGCAACUACACAAUCAAUUUCAUCACCAUACAGUACACAUAUAUCACCCGGUAAUAAACGAACUCGACAUGCUUCACAAUUUGAGGAAGUUCUUCCGCCUAGUACAAGAAAAAAUUCUGGUAUAUCUGAAGCUCAACAUAAUUCAGAUGUAAUUCCUAGUCCACCUUUCACGUCAUUAACACAACUUCUUUUGCAAGAUUUUCCAUUAGUCUCUGAUAUAAUAUCAUAUUCUUCAGUGGAUUCUCCUAAAUAUUCUUAUUCAUUUGGACAAAAUGAUUAUCAUUGUAAAUCUACUACAUCUUUUUCUAAUGCACAUGGAUAUGAAAAUCUUCAAUGUAACAUGACAACUUCAAAUGACACAAAUAAAAUAAAUAGUUCGAAUAUUUCACAAAGUGAUUAUUGUCUUUCGAUAAAUCCAUCUUCUAUGAUAGCAAGUCAAAAAUGUACGAGAAAUCAAGGCCUAUUCAUCCAUUCAAAUAAUGUUACUGUCAGUAAACAAAUAUCAUCAUCAUCCUCCUCCUCCUCAUCAUCAUCUUCUGAUCAUCAGCCUAAUGAUGAAAAUACAUUAUCAACAUAUUCCUGGUCAACAUUAUCACCCAAUUCUAAUAUAAAAUCUAAAUUAGAAAAUAAAGAGAAAUAUCUUGUAAAAACAAGUAAAGAUUCAGAGAAUAAUUCUACUAGUCAUUUAAUACCUGGACAAUCUAGUAUAUGUCAAUUAUUAUUAGAUGCACAAUUGGAACCAGAAGAAAUAUCAGAUGCUGUGGCUAAUGUUCAAAAUUAUUCAAAUUUAUCAUUGAAUCAUAAUACUUUAUCCACAAUUAAUAAAUGUAAAGAAGAUGACAGUAAUGAUAAUAUAUCAUCUUUUAAAAUGAACUUACAAAUCACAUCGAUUGCCAAUGACAAUCAGUCUUCCAGUAGAUUACUUACUAGUACUUCUACUAGUACUACCACUACUACUAGUAGUUGUUGUGGAGGGUUAUCUUCUACUGAUCUUACUAACAGCUGUCCGUCAUUACAACUCCCACCGCCACCGCCACCAUCGUCAUAUUCAAUAGCUCCAGUCGAAUGGAAUGAUGAUGAUCUACAACAGUUAAUCCAUGAAGCAAUAACUAAUCCUAAUGAUACUCUAAUAGAGGAGAAUAAUCGCAAUACAUGUUCAUCAUGUUCUUCAUCUUUAGAUUUGCCCAAACGACAUCCAUCCACUUCAUCGAAAGAGAUAUCAGAAGAAGUGGAAAUUUUAUGUGAGAUAUUACGACGAGAUGAAUUAGAAAGAAAUAAUAAAAAUGUUGAGUAUUGUCAUCCUAAUCAAUGUGAUACUACUACUGCUGUUGCUACUGCUUCUACGAUCAAUACUUCUAUUAUUACUAGUACAGAAGCUGGCAAUAAUAAUUCAUUGUCAUAUUUAAGUGAAUCGCCCAGUUCUAAAAGGUCUAGAUUCUCUUCAUCCACAUCAAUAUCUGAUCAUCAAAUCGAUAAUCUUGGUGAUAAUAAUAUGACUAGUGUUGAUGGUGAUUUUGUUAAUCGAGAUGAAGUUAAUUGGCAAAAUGAUGCUAAGGCUGUUGCACGUAUCUGUGAACAAUUACAACAGGGUCUAGUUACGGAAAAAUUGCCAGUCACAUCAUCAAAUAAUGAUAGUAACAACGGUACUGUAACAGAAUUUCCUGGAUAUUCUGUAAAAAUUAAUGAUCAUAAUAAUAGUAGUACUUCUGUACUAUCCAGCAAUAUUCCUGACUAUUCAAUUUCGCGAAACGAUAUAAUAGUAUCAUUAAAGCAUACUUCUUCAGUGCAAGAUCCAGUAAUGACUAAUUUAAUGACUACAACUUGUACAACAUGGUCAAGUUAUUCACCUCAGACAACAAGUGGUAAUGGGCAUAAUAUACUACGACGUAAUAAUAGUGGAAACAAUAAUAAUAAUAAUAAUAGUAGUAGUGUUAUUACUACUACUACUACUACUACCACUACUAUUACGAAUGUUGUGAAUAGAGCUGCUGUAGCUGCUGCAUUAGCUAGUCAACAAGCUGCAGCAAGUCAACGUAAUCAAUUGACUAAUCAACGUUUAUUAGCCGAACAACGUAAACGCCUUAUCCAACAUCAGUUAUAUAAUCAAGUUGCUGUGUAUUCACUGAAUUCAUCCGUAACUAAUCGAAAUCCUAUGUCGAACUCGGAUUUGAAUUCUCAAGUGAAUACAUUUUUUGUCAAUGAAAAUAUGUAUGGCAUACAAAAUUUACCUUCUUCUCUUAGCAUUUCUUCUACUACUACUAAUAAUAAUACUAUCAUUUCUACAACAACUAGUCAUAAUGAUCAUAAUCCAACCUAUCAUUUAUUACAUGUUAUUCCGAAUAAAUCAAUGAUUAGGAAAUCUUUAUCAUUAGAUACUACUACUAGUACACAAAAUAUGAAUGCAAAUUUAUUGAAUUUAAAUGCUACAACAGUGAUUUCAUCGAAUUCACCUUCAUUUAGUUCAACAUCUAGAAGUGCUAAUUUUUAUCAUUAUUAUCAUCAUCAUCGUCCAGAGGAUUUAUCUCGAUUUUUAAAAGAAGUUGGUCCUAAUGUACAAGUACAACUUUCUUGUCCAAUCCCUACAAUUGAUAAUCAUCAAUUAAGUAAUGCACAUAAAACCCCUCAUGUUUACCCUACAUUGCAUCAUAGAAGUACAGUGAAAGUGCAAAAACCACCUGCUAAGCAUCAAAUGAUAGCUAAAACAACAACAAUUACUCCUGCUACACCAUUAUCAACAUCAGCAUUGUUUCAUAAUUCUCAGACAGCUGUGCUGCAAUCAGGUAGUAUUGGUUCGUUGCCAUCUACAGUGGGUAACUUAUCAUCUAUAAACAAUCCGAAGAAAAUUUCAAGGGAAGAUUCAAUCCUACUUAACCAAAAACAUUUUCCAUUUGUGGAUAAUAAUAAUAAUAAUAGUUGUUUAGUUAAAGCUGAACUACAUCAAGGAUUAGUCGAUCGUCAGCGUGUCCAUCAAAGUAUUUCUGUUGUUCCUGUUACUACUACUACUGACAAUGAUCAUAGUAGUUUUCAAUGCUCUCAGGUAUCUAACAAAUUCUCCGAUGACUCUCUCCCAGUUAAUACUUAUCAAGCUUGUUCUUCAGCUGAAUUUGAACAAUCCUCUCCAACCGCCACCUCCUCCCCCUCCUCCUCAUUGUCAUAUGUUUCAAGGGUACCAUCUAGUAGUUUGAUGGCACAUAAUGAGAACGCAUAUUCUAAUAUACCCUGUACUGAAAAUCCUAUGAAUUCAGUUCAAUGUCCUGAAUGGUCUUUACCCCAACCUGUUUAUGUACAACAUCAGAAAAUCAACUCUAACUUGGAUAAUAUAUCUUUGUGUAAUAAUACUGUUUAUCCCCAAUCAGUUCAUUUAGCUCAUAGUUAUCGUUCUCAGGUUUUUCCAAAUAGUUACAAAACCAACGAGUUAAACAAUAAUAAUAAAAUUGAUACAUUUAAUUACUUCACUCGAAAUGAUUCAUCGUAUUGUAAUAAUAAUGCAUUGAUGAUAAAUCAUUCAAAUGUUGUUUAUCCCUUAACACCGUGUAAUAGUUUAUCACCAAUCAGUGUAUCAGCGAAUACUUCUCCAAGCUCCAGUACUACAUCUGGUUACCUUAAGUCACCACCACCACCGCCGCUGUCUGCAUGUCAACAAUCGAUAGAAUUAGCGUAUUCCACAUCAUCAUCAUCAUCAUUGGAUACUUUAGUUAAUCAUUAUUAUGAAAUAAAUCCAACGAGUGGAUCAUUCGAUUGUUGUUUCAAUACUUAUUCAAGUAAUUCAAAUUUUCACAGAAAUCUAUCAACAAUAUCUAAUUCAUCAACAAUAUCUUAUAAUUCUAAUCAUGCAUCUCAGGAUACUUCUGUUACUACAAUUAUUGAUCCUCAUUUAGAAUCGAUGUUGCAGUCAAAUUAUAAACACCAAUAUCAACAACAAAAUGAAGAGAAUUUAUUACCGGAUGAUCUGAUCAAUGAUGUAUUCGAUCUUGAGAUUAUGAUUGCAGCUAAGCAACAACGAGAAUAUCAUCAUAAUUCAACAACAAAUGAAUUGCAGUGUUUAACUGUGGAUGCAUCAUCCAUCCCUAUCAAACAACAACCUCAAUUGACUUUGUUGAAUAAUAGUAAUGUUAAACUAUCCACAUCGUCAUCACCAAGGUUGUCGUCCCCUUCAAUAUUGAAUGCUACAAACCAAUGUUUGACUACUACUACUACUUCUGGUGCUGCAGUUAUUGUCGUUGUUACAAGAUAGUGUCAUCAGUAUGUUGUUGUUUGGUAUUUUUUAUUUGAGAAAGAAAUACACACCAGCAACGAUAAUUAAAACAACAACAAUGCAUGCACAUACAUAUUUUUAUUUAUUUUCUUUUAUCUAACUGAAUAUUAGAACCUCUACAUUUGAUGAAAAUAUUAACAUUAUACAUAAUUGCCAUAUUAAUUAAUUAUUUUUUUAUUUGUAUACGCCCUGACUCCCUCCUAAAUCAUAUUCCCUCUCAUUUAUAUUAUAUUCAAUAGCUGUAAGAGAACUGAUCAUUUUUAUAUUACUUCUCAUUAUUAUUUUUCAUAAUCAAUAUUCUUCUUCUUCUUUGUAUUAAAAGUCAUCAUGGAAUAGUGUGGAAAAGCAAUAUAUCAAGUUGCGCAUCAUGUACAAUGUAUUUUAUUCUUUCUUUUUUGACAUUCAUCUUUAUUGUACUUGUCCUCAUCAACAAUCAUGCUCGUUUAUCUAGCAGACCCUUCAUUUUUUACUUCUCCUCUGGUGUUUUUCUGUUUCUCAAUAAGAUAUUACAGAAUCGUUCUGAUGAGGUUUUACUGUUAAUUGCGUAAUAUCGGUUGUAUUCAGGUGCAUUAACUGUUUUGACAAUUAAAAUAUAAUAUAUAGGUAGAGAUAAUUCAUAAUAUCAAUACUACUGCUACUACUAUUACUAAAUAGAAUGACCAGUGUAAUUAUAUGUUCACACUUACGUACAUCAAAUGUGUAUACAUGUUUUGUGUUCCUGUAUUUUAAAUGGCAUCGGUUACGUGUGUGUGUGUAUGUGUAUCAGCUGAUACUUUGUGCAUUGCUUCUUUGUCAGUAAAAUCAAGUUGCCUUAGUUAUUAUCUUUUAAACUUUUUCUAUUUUGCAAUGUACACACAUUUAUUAAGUAGUAUACAAAGUGUACACCCACCCUAUUUCUCGCAUAUACACAAAUAUUCAGGACAUAUUUUAUUAUUAUUACUAUUACUCAGUAAAUUUACUAUUACUGUUAUACAUAAACAAGUGUUUCGAUAACAAGAUUAUUUUUUGUCUGUUUAUAGUGCAUUACAAAAAACUGCAUAGAUUGUUUGCUUCUUUUGUCCAGGUGAUAGCAAUAUUUUGUUCUCUUUCCAACUGCUUGGCUAGUUGGUUGAUCUCAUUCACUAUUCUUAGUAUAAGAGAAAAAAAAGAAUUAAACAUACCACAUAUAACCAGGUCUUAUUUAUCUUCUCUCUGUUUUUUUUUUAAAAUAUUUUUUUUAUCCCGUCAUCUAUAGUGUCACGACCCAGUUUGGGCACCAAUCUGUGUACACAUCUUGUGUUAGUGUCUUUAUUCUGGAUUUUAUAAACUCACUCUUUUAAUUACAAUAUAUAUUUGGUGUAAUACACAAAAAUAUCACUGUUCAAGGCUAAAACUCACUCACUGUCUUCUCUUUCAUUAAUUCGAUAGUUUUGUGUUGUUGUUUUGUUUUGUUUCUGUUAGGAAUAUUCAAAUGAAUUUAUUGUUUAUAAAUGCUUUGUUGUCUUCAUUCAUUCAUUCAUUUUCUCUUUCCUGGUUGAUUUCUAUCUUAUUGUCUUUGUUUCUGUCUCUUUUAAUAAAUUAUAUCUAUUCUUUUUAUAUGUCUGUUUAUCUUUCAUUGUUUACUCUUCUUUGUCACUUUGUUGAUUUCUGCCAAAAACAAAAAUUCUUUGACUGGCGUUUUUAAUCCUUAAUUUUUUUUUUCAGAAUAGUUUACACUGUUCUUUCUUUUUCUCAUUUGAAAUGAUAAUACAUAACGUGCGUUAAAAAAAAAAUUUAUUUCCCUCUUAUUCAAUGUCAUUUUCCGUCUGUUUCUCUAUUUAUCCUUUAUUUGCCUGAUUACCUGUCUGUCUAUCCGACUAAAGGAUGAAUAAAAUGAUCGAUUUUGUUGUUGUUGUUGUUUUGCUUCUUUUUUCUUUUUCUUCUUCAAAAAACAGUAUUUUUCUCUAGACAUUUCUCUCUCUCUCUUUAUCUCUUUCAUUAUAAUUUUAAUUCUUAUCGAUUAUAAAUUAUUAUCUUCAAUGUACGUGGUAUGUAAGACAGAAUGGUUCCCUUCUCAUCAUUAUUCUUUUAUUUUAUUUUUCAAUACUGAAAUAAUAAUAAUAAAAUAAUACCCCAUCAAUUAUGACUGAAUUGUAUUUCGCUUACAUUACUUUUGAUUACUGUGUUCUAUGCAUAAUGAAUGUUGGCUAAUGUGUAUGUGUAUAUAUAUAUAUAUAUAUAUAUAUAUAUAUAUAUAUCUAUAUGUAACUGUGCGGUAUUGGUAAACAAAUUUUGUUGUUGGUCAUCAUCUAUUGAUUUGAGAUAUCUUUAUAUCGAUUAAAAUUUUUUAUUUUGUGUAAUCAGUAAACAGUUUCUAUGUUUUCGAUCAUGUUUAGAUAAGCGUCGUUGUCGUUCUAAGAUACAUAUAUAUAUAUCCAAUACUAAAUAGUGUAAAUACCGAAAUUUUAUUCUAUCGCACACACACACACACAGAGUCAAAGAUGUGCUGGUAAAUAUUUAAAGAUGUGUAUACAUCAAAUUUGAUGUUUCUUUUCUGAUUCAAAUAUAUAUAUAUAUAUAUCAUUAGAUAAAAGUAAAGUUUCUUUUUUAUCUGGUUUUUCAUUCCAGAAUUUUUGAGUUUCUUCUUCUUUCUAGGGGUAUAUGUGGUGUGUUUAACUACAUAUAUACAUAUGAGUUUAUCAUUAUGAUGUUUAUCUUGUUGCACUUUAUCACUAUUAUGAUUAUUAUCAUCAUCAUCACCUGCCUAACCUGUCCUAUAUUUCUUUUUCACUUGUACACAGCUAUCAUAUUGUUGGUCAUAUUUCUAAUUACUACGAUUAUGUUUAUUAUUAUUAAAAUUGAAAGUUGAUAAUGAGUUUGUUUCUUUUCUGUUUUGUUUUGCUUUAUAAAAAGAAAUCUUUUGUAUAUUUAAAACAAUAGAUAUAUUUGCUAUUUUCCUCUUCUUAUUUAUUUAUUUAUUUAUCUAUCUAUAAAUGUAUUUGUAAUCAUUUUUAUAUAUGCAAUUAUCAGGGUGUUAGCCUAUUUUGCCAUUGUUUUCUUCUGAUUCAACACACACACAUAUAUAUAUAUACUGAAUAUUUUUAAUGCUCUAUUUUUUGCGCCUUUUCACUAUCUCUUCCACCCUGGUUACCGUUUGUUUUUUUUAAAAAAGGACAUUGUUUGUCUACACGAAGAGCAUUUCACAAGCAACAGUAGUAGUAUUAGUAGUAGUAGUAGUGGUGGUGGUGGUAGUAACAAUAACAACAAUAGCCCUGAAAAUGUAUAUCACCUUUAAAAAAUGCGCCUUCAUGAAUGUCUUUUAUUUUUAACUUUAUAGAAAACUUAUCUAUUUACAAUAUAUGUCUUUUGUUAUUAUUAUACAUAUACAGUGGAGCGCCAUCUCUCUCUCCUGUUCAAAUUUUUCUUCUUUAUUAUUUUCUUUACUCUAUAAUUCUUGUAUUUUUGUCAUGAAUGUUCCACAUAAUUGAUUGGUCUAUAUUUGAAAGUACACAAAAAGAGGAGGUAUAUUAUACGUUCACUUAUUUUUCUUUAUUAUUUAUAUUCAUCAUAUAUUGUACAUUAUCUCUUAUCAGGCUAAUUUGUGAUUGUUAGUACUUCAUAUAUAUAUAUUUAUAUAUGCAUUACAAUAUGAAUAAAGCAGGGAUGGACAAUAAAAUGUAAACUUGUUGUAAUUUGUUUUGUUUUGUUUGUUUUUUUUUAGAAAAAAGAAAAAUCUGUAACUCAAAGUAUGUGUGUUUAUCUGUAAAGGUGUUUUGUUUGUUUGUUUGUUUUGUUUCGUUUCGUUUUCUCCUUAAUUGUUGUUCGUAAUGUGUGCUUAAAUUUAUCUUGGACUACUUUUCUCUCUUCUCUUACUAGUUUUAAUUUCGCUACUCAAACACACACACACACCCACAUUACUAUUAUCAAUACAAGUUUGUAAUCAAUCAGUCUGUCAAUAAACAUACAUAUAUACAUACAUACAUCUAUCUCUGUCUAGAUCUCUUCAGGCUUUUUUUAUUAUUAUUUAUUUAUAUACUAUUAUUAUUAUUGUUAUUAUUAUUAUUAUUUUAUU